AGCCCUCCCUGACCUUUUGCCUCACUACGGCGGUUGAACCCGCUGAACAUGGGCAUGCAAAAUUUUCUGCCUAGGUAAUCGCCGGUUCCAGACGUGGAGAGACAACAACUCCCAGCGGGCCUCUCGCUUGUCAAGCUUUCGAGAUGGCCAAUCGCCUCAAGUUACAACCACCGUAUCUUUCCACUCUUCCAAUUCUGCCUCUCCACAUCGGCGUUAACAUGGAUCUAUCACCGUGAUCGCCCUGUUUCGCGUUCGAUUGACUGGACUUGAUUCGCCAUCUUAUAAGUUAAGACCAGUCCCCCGCUUCUCUGGCCCUUGGCUUGGUUGCUCUUCCAAGUGUCCAUCCGACAGAUAUCGAAGCUCGGGGCAUCUGAGGAAGCUGUUUCUGGUUAUGUCAGACCACCGUGAGCGCUUUGAUAUUGAAAGCACCACACAUGAACCUUCUCGCUCGAGUACGGAUUCAGAUUCCGUAGAUUCAAAGCCUCGGGCUAGGCAAGGAUCAACUUCGACUUCCCAGCGGGAGAGAUCAAGUUCCCGACCAAGAUCUUCUGAAAUCACUCGCAUAUACUCUGGUGUCUAUCUCGACGACCACUCCGUUUAUCAUGGUGAUUAUGACAAUGAAGCUUCGGCAGAUCGUGACUCGUCGCGGGGAAACAACGAGAAGGAUUUGGACGUGGCACUGGAAGUCAGGAACGGGAUCGUCAACGAAAGGGACGUUGACCUGGAGGCAAACAGGCAGGGUCCAACAGCUGAAAUAGGGAAGACUAGGACAGCUCGUUCUGAGCAAGCACCUGAUCCUAAGCUUAUUACGUGGGAUGGGCCAGAUGACCCAGGAAACCCCAAAAAUUGGACCAUAAAGAAGAAAUGGGCCAUUGUAGUGACAGUGUCGUUGUUCACAUUCAUUUCCCCGGUAUCCUCUUCCAUGGUGGCACCAGCUUUGACUACUAUGUCUAAAGAUCUGAACAUUACAGAUGCUGUUGAAUCUCAGCUUACACUUUCAAUCUUCGUUCUGGCUUACGCCGUCGGCCCGCUUUUCCUUGGUCCCCUUUCCGAAAUCUAUGGCAGGGUGAUCGUUCUGCAAUUGUCCAACCUGUUUUACCUAGUUUUCAAUAUUGCCUGCGGUGUGGCACAAACCAAGACGCAAGUGAUCGUUUGUCGACUCUUUUCUGGACUAGGUGGUAGUGCUCCAAUGGCGGUUGGUGGAGCGGUUUUAUCAGACUGCUUCAGACCUGAAGAGCGAGGCAAAGGUGUUGCUAUCUACAGUUUGGCCCCUCUUCUUGGCCCGGCAGUCGGCCCCAUCGCAGGCGGAUUUAUCGCAGAGUACACAACAUGGCGCUGGGUCUUCUACGCGACUUCUAUCGCCGACGGGGUUAUCCAAGUAGCUGGUCUUUUCUUUCUGAAAGAGACUUACGCACCUGUUCUCCUUGGUAGGCGCGCAAAGAAAAUCCGUGCUGAAACGGGCGACUCGUCCUAUCAAACGGAAGUAGAGCGCCAAAACAAGACACUCGGCGAAACACUCAGCUCGGCUCUCAUCCGUCCUUUCCGCCUGUUGACCACGCAGCCAAUUGUGCAAGCCCUUGCUGUUUACCUCGCUUACAUGUACGGAAUCAUUUACCUCGUCCUUUCAACCUUUCCGACUCUCUGGACAGGCGAACAAUACUACAACGAAUCCAUCGGCAUUGGCGGAUUGAACUACAUCUCACUAGGAGUAGGGUUCUGGCUUGGUUCUCAGAUUUGCGCCCCGCUCAACGAUAGAGUCUACCGCCGUUUGAAGGCUCGGAAUGGUGGUGCGGGGAAACCUGAAUUCCGGGUCCCCCUUCUCUGCAUCCCAGCUUUCCUCACCCCGGUCAGCCUUUUUAUAUACGGCUGGACAGGCGAGAAGCACACACACUGGAUAGCGCCAAACAUCGGUGCUGCAAUGUUCGGCAUGGGAACCAUUGUCACCUUCCAAUGCGCACAGACAUACAUGAUUGACUCGUAUGCACGGUUCGCAGCAAGUGCUCUCGCGGCGACCUCGUUUUUGCGGUCAAUAUGUGGGUUCGCGUUUCCACUAUUUGCGCCUUAUAUGUAUGACGCACUACAAUUUGGGUGGGGAAAUAGUCUCCUCGGUUUCAUUUCGCUAGGGCUGGGGAUUCUGGCACCGAUAUUUUUAUGGAAAUUUGGUGGUGCGCUGAGGAAGAGGAGUCCGUAUGCGGCAGGUUAGACUGAGGCCCUAUUAAUAUACAUCCAAGCUAGGUAAUCAAUAAUUGAUGUCACAUAUUAUUUGAUGCACAAAUUGCACCACUCAAGAGGUGUAGUGUGGUAUGCUACGGAGACACGAUGAAUCGCCGUAUUAGAGUUGUUUGAGUGUUUCCGAGAGACUCAGGUCGAGAAAUAAUGUAGGG